UGUUAUACUAGACCCAUGCUUACAUUUCAGAUUCAACAUCACGGCAUCAAGUUCAGAACUUCUGCUUUGGAUUUCCAAGUGACCGAGCCCAAACUGCCAGUCAUCAUGUUUGUCUUGGCUGAGAUGACAGAUACUGUUCGCAUUGAACCUUGGCUGUUUAACGUCAAACUCAACAAUGCUAUCACCGAAGAACUAAACAAGAAGCUUGCAAACAAAGUGGUACAUAAUGUAGGCCUGUGCAUUGCCCUUCAUGAUAUUGUCAAGCUGGAAGAUUCUCACAUCUUCCCAGGUGAUGGAGCCUCACAUACUAAGGUGCAUUUCCGCUACGUAGUGUUCCGCCCCUUCAUGGACGAGAUUUUCGUGGGAAGAAUACGCAGCUGUAGUCGAGAAGGUGUACAUGUAUCACUCGGGUUCUUUGAUGACGUCCUGAUCCCUCCUGAAGCCCUCCAGCAACCCUCCAAAUUUGACGAGACAGAGCAAGUCUGGGUCUGGGAGUACGAGACCGAAGAAGGAACCCAUGAUCUCUUCAUGGACACCAGUGAGGAGAUUCGGUUCCGUGUCGUGGACGAGAGCUUCGUGGACACCACGCCAGUCGGACCGUCUGACGUCAGCGAGCCAGGAUCUGAGAUCAUUGAGGAUAAUGCAAAGAGCAAAAAAUCGCCGUACAGUCUCACAGGUUCAAUCAGUGAGCCUGGCUUAGGCCUGCUAACCUGGUGGUCCAGUUAGCAGCAGGAGAAAUCCAGAAUCUCCAAAAGUAAUGGGAGAGCCUAGAGAUGCUGCAAGCAGAGCUGGAGGCCAGACUCUAAAUGAUGAGAGUAACAACUCUGGAGGUAAACUCCAAUUUGGACAAUGGACUGCUCCGGAUUUGGCCAUAAGCCCGCCUACCUUAGGUCCAUGUACAAUUCUCGCAGUGCCGAUGACUGAGUUUGGCUGAGCUACUGUGGACACCUGACUAAAGAUCAUGACCUAAUUGAUUGAUAGGCACGAAGAGUCCAUAGACAACAGCAACAACUCUGAAGGUAAACUCCAUCUUGGACUGUUCCGGAUUUGGCCAUAAGCCUACCCACCGUUGGUCUGUAUACAAUUCUCGCAGUGCUUUUGACUGAGUUUGGCUGAGCUACUGUGGACACCUGACCAAAGAUCAUGACCUAAUUGAUUGAUAGGCACAAAGGGUCCAUAGACAACAGUAACAACUCUAGCGGUCAACUCCAUCUUGGACUGUUCCAAAUAGGAGGCCAUAAGUCUGUCCACCUUUGGUCUGUGUACAAUUCUCCCAUUGCUUAUGACCGAGUCCCGCUGAGCUACCUUGGACACCUGACCAAAGAUCAUGACCUAAUUGAUUGAUAGGCACGAAGGUUCCAUAGACAACAGCGACAACUCUGGAGGUAAACUCCAUCUUGGACUGUUCCGAAUUUGGCCAUAAGCCUACCCACCGUUGGUCUGUGUACAAUUCUUGCAGUGCUUAUGACUGAGUUUGGCUGAGCUACUGUGGACACCAGACCAAAAGUCGUGACCUAAUUGAUUGAUAGGCACGAAGGGUCCAUAGACAACAGCAACAACUCUGGACGUAAACUCCAACUUGUAGGGUAAUUUUCCAAAGACCAUCAGACCAUUACGCCAUCCAGGUCUUGUAUGGGAGUUAAUUGGUUUGCAAAGGGUGGAUGUAACAGUCCCCCACCCCCUUGCCAUUUCCAAUACUGGUGAUUUUCUAGUAUUGAAAAAUUCAUUAGCUACUGAAAUAUAAGAAAUGUCAGUCUCGGCGUGUUAAUUAAACAACAGCUGACAUCUUUGCAUAGUGAGCCAAUGUAUCGGCCGAAAAGGGUGCCCACUAGAAGCAAGGCAAAUUUAUGGGUGGAUGCUAGGGUCGAUGCCAUUUCCAAUACUGGUGAUUUUCCAGGGUUUAAAAAUUUGUUAACUACUGAACAACGAGAAGGGUUAAUCUUUGUGUUACUAGCAACAGCUUAUCUCUUUGCAAACAAGCAAAUAUAUCGGCCAGAAUCAGUACCCACUAGAGACGAGGCAAUAUCAUCUUGACACCAAUCACGAAUUGUUUAUAUUUCCAUCUGAUUAAAACAAUAUUGCAGUCAAAGAGUUACAACUAAACGUUUACCAAAAAAUACAACGAUGAAGGAAUGUGAUGUUUUUUUAUCACUGUCCUCAUACACAUGUAUUAGCAUUUUGAAAGCUAAGAAUGACGGAGGUGAACAGUGCAUUGCAACUUUAAAUGCUUACAGGUUUUCAGCCAAAACUCCCAAAAAGUUACAAAAGUAACAGAAAAAUAUUUUAUUUACAGAAAUGAAUAGUUGAACUUGUGUUUGAUAAUUUCCGAGCAGUGUGAUCACAUGUAUUCAUCUAUUGAAAUAAAAGCUGAUACAUGAAUCAUUGAAGUUCUUUUCGGAAUUUGAGUAUGUUAAAGUGGUAUAGCGCCCUCUAGAUGAAUAAAACAGCACUUAAAGAUGCAGAGUUUCCCGAAUCCAGGAAGAAAUUGUAGCCAUUCAUAUGACGGAGACUCUAGCACCAUUAGGACAGCAGAUUAAAACACAAACCAGCUCAGAAUUUGAUUGAUUGAAAACAAUUAGAUAAUUGUUUUCUAUAGAUAAUUUUGUUAUUUACAUACUCCCCCAUAAUAAACCUUGUCAGUCCAGCUUAAAUGAUAGUUUCAUCCAGAAUUAAAUUCAUUGAAAAAAUGUCCAAAAUAUUCAGAUUUCCCUGUAUUAUUUUGGCGUAAGGCAAACGACUAAAUCACAGCAAGCUUCGAGUCAAUGAAGACAAUGGACAUAGCUUUUAUUCAACUCACAUAUAGCACAGCUUGUGGUUCAAGCUUAAACAUUAAUUUAUUUGGAAAUUAUAACAAGAGAUUUUCGUUGAUUUAGUGAAGUCAAGUUAGACAAAAAAACACAAGGCUAUGAUUUGCUAAAAACAUGACUUGUUUUAUUCACUCACACAUAACACAGUUUGUGGGUCCAGCUUAGACAUGAAUUUUAUUUAGAAAUUACAACCACAACGGAACGAUUUUCUAUGUUAUAUUUUGACUCAAGGCAGACAACAAAAAACACUGGGGUUAGAUUUUUUAAUAUUGAAAACAGGACUUGAUAAAUUUUAUUCACUCACACAUACUACAGCUUGUAAGUCGAGCUUAAACAUGAAAUUCAUUGAGAAAUUACAACAGUAAGAAUGUCUGUUUCUUAGUUUGGCGCGAGGCAGAAAACAAACCAAACACUAGGCUUUGAUUUAUUUAAACAGGACGUGAAAUUUGUUUUAUUUACUCACACAUAAACCUGAAUUUAUUGAAAAUUACAACAGUAACAUUUUGUGUUUAAGUUUGAUGAAAGACAAAACAAAAAUAGCACAUCAGACUUUCAUUUGUCAAAAACAGGACAUAAUUGUUUAUUUACUCACAAAAAAAGCUUGUAGGUCCAGCUGAAUCUUGAAUUUAUUGAGAAAUUACAACCACGUGGCGUUAGUAAGAAUUUAUGUGUUUUAGUUUAGUGCAAGGCCGACCAAAAAACAGCGCACACAACACACGGCAGGCAUUUAUUCAAUAAAAAAAACAGGACGUUGUAAAUUUACUUAGAAGUAACAUAACUUGUGGGUCCAGCUUAAACAUGCAAACCACAUGAAAAUCACUUUUCGACGUUUAAAUUUGGCGCAAGGUAGACAUCUAGUGAUACAAUUUAUGUUUCCAAGCGUAUUGGUAAGUAAUGAUCCAGGUGAUUUCGCUCAAUGAAAUGGAUUGUAAAAUGUAUUUCUUUGUAACACAGCAGUUUGUUUAGUAACACAGUUUUGUUUGUUAACGUAUUUCUUUUCACUUUUUGUGUUACAAAGAUAAUAAAAUUACUCACAGAUGAGUCAAUGGUA